AUGCAGCUCCUCAAAGCCAAAGCAAAGAAGUUACAAUUUGGACGUCAACAAAAGGAGUUCCAGUCAGCAUUGUCCAAGUUUGGAAAGGAUAUUGAACGUAAAUUCAAACAAGACCUGUCUGUCAUUUAUCAUCCAGAGGCAUUUUCGGGCAAAGAGCAUUUGGUGGGCCGCGCAUUGGCAAUGCAUUUUAUUCGUCAAGGUCAAUUUGACCUGUGCGACGCCUACAUGAAAGAAGCUGGCAUUCAGCAGGACAACACACUUUAUGCUAUGACAGAGCAUCUUAAAAAAGAGUUUCAUCGAAUGUAUGCCAUUCUAAAAGAAUUGGAAGCUCACCAUCUUGAUAGUGCUAUUGAAUGGGCUUCUGCAAACCGUGAAGCCCUUGCAAAAGAUUGUAGUAGUCUUGAAUUCAAUCUUCAUCGUCUUCGCAUCUUACAACUAAAGCAGGAAAGAAGCACACUUGAGGCCAUUCAAUACACUCGAGCACACUUUGCACCAUUUGGAGAUAAGCAUUUACCAGAAAUUAAACGUUUGAUGACUGGUAUUAUUCAAUCGUCAAUCAGUGAAUCAAAAUACGUUGAUCUCUUAUCUCCCACACUGUGGGUGGAUAUUCGCCAAGAAUUCCAACAUGAUUUCUGUUCGUUAUUAAACAUGAGUGCCGAAAGUCCUCUAUUUGCAAGUGCUUUGGUUGGCACUACAGCUUUACCCAUUAUUCUCAAACUAUAUAAGAUCAUGAGCGCUCGCAAGACAGGUUGGAGUCAGCAAGACGAACUAGCUGUUGAAAUCCCGCUAGAAGAGGAGCUUAGAUUCCACUCUGUAUUUGCUUGUCCGGUGAGUAAGGAACAGGCAACAGAUGAAAAUCCACCAAUGAUGAUGCCUUGUGGCCACGUAAUUUGUAAAGAGAGUUUGGCGCGUCUCAGUCGAAGUAGCCGUUAUGGAAGAAAUGCAACACGCUUUAAAUGUCCUUACUGUCCGUCAGAAACUUCCGUCGAUCAGGCUAUUGAGGUCUACUUUUAA